UUGUUUUGUUUGUUGACGGUAGUACGUGCGGCCGGGGCUUUUCGCCUCGUCUCCCCUUGGGGCAGACGCUACCCUCACUCCACCCGCCCCAUCGCGACCGCUACUCCGACAUUCGUUUCAGCUUCCAAGGCAAGGGACUUUACCAUCCAAAUCCCCGACGUGUCCCUGCCAGACGAACCGCUGCGACAUGUGCGUGUCCUCGACACCGGCCUCCCCUCCUCCAAUCCGGGCACUGCCAGCGUUCCCCCUCCCUUAGUCCUCAUCGGUGGUACCGCGCAGACCAUCGCCAGCUGGGUCGGUCAUAUCCACGGCUUGUCCCGGAAACGUCGGCUCAUCGUUUAUGAAACGCGCGGCCAGGGACGCACCACCGAUUUGGACCUGUCCGAUGCCUCGCUCGCCGUCCACGUUGAAGACUUUUGCCGUGUGCACGCAGCCCUGAAGAUUGAAGGCCCCGUCGACUUGUGUGGCUUCAGCUUCGGUGGGCGCGUCAGUCUUGGCGUCGCGGCCCUCCACCCUGGAUUGGUGCGACGUUUGGUGCUGACGGGUGUGCCCGCUGAACGAGAUGCAGUGGGACGGCUCAUCAUCAAGUCCUGGCGUGCCGCUUUGGACCGCGGAAUGCUGCAAGAAUUCGUCUGGAAUUCCAUGCUCCAUUGUCACGGGGCCGCGUUCUUGUCCAAAUAUGAAUCGAAGAUCCCGG